AUGAAUGUAAAUGUUCAAUUGAUUCCUGAACAUUUGAAAUGUGUCAAAUUGAAUUAUGUAUUAAAAACAAAUUUUAUUGAUGACCCAACACAACUAGAAGGUCUAGAUUUAACACCAAAACCAGGUAAUUGUCCAAAUUAUUGGCCGGCUGGAGGUGGAGGAGCCAAGACUUACAUAGGGCCUGAUGCGCUUUGUGGAGGAAUAGAAAAGUGUUAUGAAGCAGCAGGAGGUAUGACACUUACGCUACAUCCAUUUAACACACAGUGGGCAUUCUUUGCUAGAGCAAGCGGACUUUAG